UUUAAGCCAGCAAUCCAAACCUCCCACCAAACCCUUCAAACGCGAAAUCUCCAAGAAAGUCAGUCUCAGUCAAGAAAAAAGGGAAAGAAGAAAAAAAAUAUCCAAAACCCAAAAACAAUUUUUGAAAAUUCAGAAAACGGAAACAAUGUUUCAGGAAGCUCGGGAUUGGAACAUGGUGACUCAUCAGCCGCGCUCAACUUGGUGGACUCGGGAGGAAGAUAAGCUGUUCGAGAAAGCUCUUGUCGACUUCUCCAACGACCUCCCCAAUCGGUGGGAUAGGAUCGCCGGUCGAUUGCCUGGAAAGUCCAUUCCUGAUGUUAUCAGACACUACAAUGACUUGGUUCAUGAUGUCAUGGAGAUUGACUCGGGCAGAGUCGCGCUUCCGAGUUACACUGAUUACUCGGCGGAAGGUUUGAAUGGGUGGGACUCCGCUAAUCAGAUAUCUUUUGGGUCAAAAGCCAAACAGGCUGAACCGGAGAGGAAGAAGGGAACUCCUUGGACUGAAGAAGAACACAAAUUAUUUCUCAAGGGUCUCAAGCUAUUUGGUAAGGGAGAUUGGAGGAGCAUUUCAAGGAAUGUGGUGAUCACAAGAACUCCAACCCAAGUGGCUAGCCAUGCCCAGAAAUACUUUCUUAGGCUUGAAUCAGGUCCCAAAGAGAGGAAGAGGUCAAGCAUUCAUGACAUUACCACAGUGGAUGGUGUCACUGAUUCUGUGCCUUCUGACCAAAUGUGCCUUCAGCCUACACCACCACCUCAUAAUUCACCUCAACAAUUUCAAACAAUACAACAGAUGAAUCCACCACCAAACCAUAUGACAAUGGCUACUAAUAAUCAUGGAGGUUCAGUGGGGUAUCAACAUUAUGGUUUCCAAAUGUGAUAUCUUUUUGUUGCCCCCCUUAUAAGACAGAAAGCUUGUGAAUAUUAGGGAAAGCUUGCACUGAACAGAUAUAUUAUUUAUAUAUAUAAAUAUUUUUUUUUUCUUUAUUAGGUGGUGAGGACUGAAGAUUUUCCUUUGUGAUGACAGCUUAGGUUUUAGUUAUUUGUGAAAUAUUUAGAAUUGUAAGGGUAGUCUGAUUGUGCAAGGAUGAGAUUAUAAUCAUUUAAUUCAUAAGAUAAUUAUAAUUGGGUUCUUUCUCUUUU